ACCAGUCCGAGUUGGUUGAUCCGAGGCGACGAAGCACACCGACUGGUAUCCGCGCUGGAGACGAGCGAGGAGCCGCGUUCAGUGCGCCCAGCCCCGCCUGCAGACCCGCGCCUCGUGCGCCACAGGAUGAGCCCGUUCUGGAGGUUUGGACACUUCGGACAGCAGCGCGCGGUGGGACACGGGAUUUAAGUGGAGAAGUUGGCUUUCGCAGCGGCGGUGGCGGAGCCGAGGACUGUCGGUGUCACGUUGUGACGGGGAUUUCGGACUUUCCCCCCCCCCAACUGUCGCCAAACCGCUACCCGAAGCGCGAGGGACUUAAGGAUUUUAAAGUAGUUUCAUGGUUUUUUUAUGAAGUUUAAAGUAUAAUAAUGGCGGUUGUACUUCUCCUGAAUGAUUGGUGACACCUGAUUUGCUGUCAAAACGGGAUAUUUUUGGUCGGUGACGGGGAGUUGUUGGACAGUUUUCUCGCGGCGUCGGAGGCCGCCGUCCCGCCGGACAGCAUGCGAACGGAGGAUGUCGUCUGAGUCCGAGUCGGGCCUCGCUGCUCUGCGCCUCACCUCGCCGUCCAGAGGGAUGACGGCGCUGUGGUGCUCACUCUGGAUCUCCAUCCUCCUGCCCGUCUGCGUCGCUCCGGCCAGGCUGCCCACCGCUCUGCCCACAGACACUGUGUCCAGUGAGACAGCCUUUCUGGAGGACUAUGUUCUGGGCAUGGGGGACACCCUGGAAAUGUCAUGUGACCUGGAGGACCACUCAGAGCCCGUCGUCUGGUUCAAAGACGGCGCCGGGCUGGUGCCUAGCAACCGGACGCGGCUGGGCCAGAGGAUUUUGCGCAUCAUCAACGUGUCGUACGAGGACUCGGGCGUCUACUCCUGCCGGCUCGCCCACAGCAACGCGUUGCUCAGCAACUACACCAUCCGCGUGACAGAUUCUCUGUCGUCCGGCGACGAUGAAGAUUAUGACGAAGAUCCAGAAGAUGCAGAAGCUCCGUAUUGGACGAGGCCCGACCGGAUGGACAAGAAGCUCCUGGCCGUUCCAGCCGCCAACACCGUCAAGUUCCGCUGCGCCGCGUCCGGAAACCCGACGCCGACCAUCCACUGGCUGAAGAAUGGCAAAGAAUUCAAGGGAGAGCAGAGGAUGGGAGGCAUCAAGUUGAGACACCAGCAGUGGAGUCUGGUGAUGGAGAGCGCCGUGCCGUCAGACCGGGGCAACUACACCUGCGUGGUGCAGAACAAGUACGGCGCCAUCACCCACACCUACCAGCUGGAUGUAUUAGAGCGUUCCCCCCACAGGCCCAUCCUCCAGGCGGGCCUGCCAGCCAAUCAGACGGUGGUGUUGGGCAGCGACGUGGAGUUCCACUGCAAGGUCUACAGCGACGCCCAGCCGCACAUCCAGUGGUUGAAGCACAUCGAGGUCAACGGCAGCCGCUACGGCCCCGACGGCGUUCCCUACGUCAACAUCCUGAAGACGGCCGGUAUUAACACUACAGAUAAGGAGCUAGAGGUUCUCUUCUUGACCAAUGUGUCUUUUGAGGAUGCGGGCGAGUACACUUGUCUGGCAGGGAACUCUAUCGGCUAUGCUUACCACUCUGCCUGGCUGACGGUGCUUCCAGCAGUGAGCGCGGAGAAGGAGGACUACUACGCCGACAUCCUCAUCUACGUGACGGGCUGCGUGCUCUUCAUCCUCGCCGUGGUCAUCGUCGUCCUUUGCCGCAUGAGGAUGACGACGCAGAAGACGUUGCCCACGCCGCCCGUGCAGAAACUGUCAAAGUUCCCCCUCAAGAGACAGCAGGUGUCCUUGGAUUCCAACUCCUCCAUGAACUCCAACACCCCGUUGGUCCGGAUCGCCCGCCUGUCAUCCAGCGACGGGCCGAUGCUGGCGAACGUCUCGGAGCUGGAGCUGCCCUCCGACCCCAAAUGGGAGUUUCCUCGGACACGGCUGACUCUGGGUAAACCUCUGGGCGAGGGCUGCUUCGGUCAAGUGGUGAUGGCCGAGGCCAUCGGCAUCGACAAGGAGAAGCCCAACAAGCCUCUCGACGUUGCCGUGAAAAUGCUGAAAGAUGACGCCACGGACAAAGAUUUGUCGGACCUGGUGUCCGAGAUGGAGAUGAUGAAGAUGAUUGGAAAACACAAAAACAUUAUCAACCUGCUCGGCGCGUGCACGCAGGACGGUCCUCUGUACGUCCUGGUGGAGUACGCCUCCAAAGGCAACCUGAGGGAGUACCUGCGGGCGCGGCGGCCACCGGGCAUGGACUACUCCUUCGACACCUGUAAAAUCCCAGACGAGCAGCUCACCUUCAAAGACCUGGUGUCCUGCGCCUACCAGGUCGCCCGAGGCAUGGAGUACCUUGCCUCGCAGAAGUGUAUCCACAGAGACCUGGCAGCCAGAAACGUCCUUGUGACAGAGGACAACGUUAUGAAGAUCGCCGACUUCGGUCUCGCCAGAGAUGUGCACAAUAUAGACUACUACAAAAAGACCACGAACGGUCGUCUGCCCGUGAAAUGGAUGGCUCCGGAGGCUCUGUUCGACCGGGUCUACACGCACCAGAGCGACGUGUGGUCCUAUGGGGUGUUGUUGUGGGAGAUCUUCACACUGGGAGGCUCGCCGUAUCCAGGAAUCCCAGUAGAAGAGCUCUUUAAGCUGCUGAAGGAGGGGCAUCGAAUGGACAAACCUGCCAACUGCACCCAUGAACUGUACAUGAUCAUGAGGGAGUGCUGGCACGCCGUGCCGUCACAAAGGCCGACCUUCAGACAGCUGGUAGAAGAUCACGACCGGGUUUUAUCAAUGACCUCCACCGAUGAGUACCUGGACCUGGCGGUGCCCUUCGAGCAGUACUCGCCCACCUGUCAGGACUCCAACAGCACCUGCUCCUCAGGGGACGACUCUGUGUUCGCCCACGACCCGCUGCCCGAAGAGCCCUGUCUUCCCAAACAGCCUCCCAGUAACGGCGUGGUUAGGACAUAAAACCUGAGCUGGAGGGGGGGUGAGGUGGGGGGGGGGGGGGGUUGGACUUUAACCUCCUCUCACAGUUUGAGAUUUAUAAAACACCUCUCAGUGACUCCUCAAGAUAUGGAAAUGAAAACUCAGCAUGCAAUACUUCCGCAGUGCUUCAGCUCGUCUUAAACUCUUCGUCAAAAUCCUCUUUGACUGAGUUUUCUUCCUCCUCCUCGUCCCCAAGAGACUCUUGAAACAUUGAAGGAUUAUUUUGUUGCUGUUGAACCAUGUUCUUCUUUUCAGAAAUGAAAUUAUAUUUUUGUACUCGGGCCAGUCUUUUUGUUACGGACAAUCUUUGGGGUGAAACCAUUCCGUGCCUACUGGGAUGAAAGUGUGAUUUCAAACAUGGAGUGUGAUUUUUUUUAAAAAGGAUACAAGAGGAGGGAAUGAAGGGCAUUGGUCAGUGACUGGUUGGCGACCCAGGAGGCGAGGACCUCAGAUUCACAUCCCCUCGUCUGCACGGAGCCCUUAGACCGCAAGAUGAAAGUGUGCGUAUAACGAGGAUCCGUUGCCAAGAUACCAGCAAAGCCAGACUCAACUUGAUGAUGGGACUCGUUCUUCCAAGACACUCAGUAACUUUUUGUUUUACAGAAGACGCUCCACGACAGAGAGGAUUACGUGAGCAUACAAAGGUGUUUGUACGCCAUCGUCAUGUUUUAGAAUCCCGAAAAAAAACUAGUCUUUUGAUAAUCAUGGAACAAAUUGUGUGAGGCGGAGUUUCAGGGCCAUUCAGUAAUUAGUACAAGAGUGUUUUUUUUGUUUUUAUGUAUCUAGAAAAUUAUUUAUUGUAAAUAUAUAAAUGCAAAUAUGUAUCAUAUUGCUGUUCACAGCCAUGUACUUAAAAGACAAAAAAAUACAUUUUUUAAAGUAUUGUUUUAGGAUGGAAGCAUUGCAGUCUAGAAGACACUGUCAUGAAAGUGUAAAACAUUUAAUCAUUUAAAGUGAUACAGAAAAGAUUUAUUUGAAUAAUUAACAUGUAUAUUUGUAAAGAUAUUUAUAGACUUAACAAAUGUGGUUCUUAAGUUCGGAAGGUCUAGUUUAGGAUUUUAGUACUGUAGGCAAAGAUUUCUAUUUCAACUUUUUUUUUGUAACUUAUUUUACAGCAGAACUGCGACAUUGUUUUUCACAGACUCCUCUGGUUUUUUGAUCCAUCUUUUUUUUUUCUUUUCUCUUUUUACAGUAAAACAAAAUAUAUGAGAAUGUAUGACGGAAUCAAAGGUGAUUUAUUUUGAGCGUGAUUCGACCGACAGAGGUAGACUCGUGGAGCUGAAGGCUCCCGCUAAAGGGAAGCUGGAUGUUACCGCCGAGUUACAUUUCUGGUUUUGAAAGGUUGACGUUUGCAAUAUCAAAGCAACGAUUAAGUCUUGCUGGGCAAGAAAUAGCAGCGCUUCAAGAUUUGUACAGAGAGGCCUUUUAGUACUUAAAGGCAUAUUGAACAUCAACAACAACUAGCUGUGAAUCAUAAAGAGCCUUCAGAGAACCUCAGCAGCCUGUUCAAGGAAAUAUACCUCCUAAUUAUAUGGUUUCACUGUUCAGUCUGUACACAACUACAUUUCCCAGAAUGCUUUUUCAGUACUUAUCAAGGAAGAUGCUUAUAUUUGCAGCAAUCAAAACCAUUUUUAAAAAGCAAGUAGACAAGUGUUAGCGAUAGAUUUUCCAGAGCAAAUGAACAAAUAAGGACAUUUUGGGGUUUUAAGUCAAGUAAAGAAACCACUCCUCUUUAAGAAAUCGUGAAUAAUUGUUGACCAUCAAUGGCUCUAGUCUUCAAGGAAGGUCACAACAUUCUGACAUGUACCGUUAAUAUAUGAGAAUAAAUUAAAAACACGCAAAAGGAACCCCAGCAAUUCAAAGUAUAUCAUCAUAAUUGGUGUUUUUCUUUUUCUUUAUUGGUGGAUAUUUUCUUUUAGAGGUCGCUCUGACGGCUUCGAACUCGUAUAUUGUAACGGAAUGGUCACAGGGUCGAUGCUAACAAGCUGCGCGCGGUGUCAACGUGCCCUUGAGCAAGACACUGGAAUAAAAAAACAUCAGCUUGAAGGCAGACGUGUAAAGCUCUUAUGUCCUUAUUACUGAGUGUUCCUGAAAAACCUGCCCAGAUUGUAUCGCUGCUCUAUAGUAUUAUUACUGAAAUGAAGGCAUGCUGCGACUUACAAGUCACACAGCAAAAAAAAAAUAUAUAUAUAUAUAUAUAGUGUA